UCCCUGCCCAAGUGAAAGGGGUGCUCUCUGCGGCAGGGGACUGCGGUGCCUGGGAGACCCAGGGCUGCCGGCUUCCCGUUUGGGGCCAGCCUAGGAGCCCAGGGGGUGCCCAGAAGCCCAGGGACGGGUAGGGGCUGCCGGGGCCGAGGACGAGAGAACCGGGAGGGCAUCCCCAGGCCGGCCCCCGGCGGAUGCCCGGGCGCACUGCGCCGGGCUGCUGCUGCUCCCCAGGACCACUGACCGCUCGCCUGCCCUGGCGGGGCCGGCCCAGACCUCUGCCGGAGGGGGCGGGGUGUCUCCGACUCCUGCCGCUGGCCCCUUGCCCGCCUGCCUGCGCAGCGGGCCAAAGCUGGGCUGGGAGGCGGUCACCCACUGAGGCUGCCCCCCUUCCCCAGCCCCUUUGCCCCGGGAGGACGGCGCCCCCCGCAAGGGCUCCCCUCGUGCCGGCCCCACUUGGACUUGAACUUGGACCCCCUCGGGAGGCCCCCAAAUGGGAAACAAGGUGUGUUUCCCUUCCUGGUGAAUGUCAGACAAAGAACCAUGGCCUGCACGUCUUGGGACGGAAGCCUUCUCAUUGAACGGGAGACAAGUUGGAUUUUAGGUGAUUUAGGGCGCUGACUUUUCUUCACCUUCCAGCUGGAGGGGCUUUGUAUUGAACCAACUGAAACGGUUAAUUCAGAAUGAACAAUCAGAAUUCAGAAGAGAAAGCACGAGAAGGCUCACAGCUUUCCUUAUUUCAAGGAGAUAAAUGUGGGAAUGAGUUGGCACUUGAAGCACCAUCAGCCUUCAUUCAUGCACGCUGGGACUCGGCUCCCCACCUCGGCACCCAGAACGCUCAGGAAGCCUGUUUGCACACGCUGGGGGCUGAUGGGGAAAGGAUUUCCUUAACCAGUUCACAUGCCAAAGUGCUUGCUGGGGAUGAGGACAUCUAUCGGGAGGCACAGUCUCUGUCAGUGAUACGUGGUGAGGCUCCAGGGGGGCCCUGGGUGAGCGACAAGAUGGGCCUGUUGGAGCCAGAGUACCAGUAUAACAGUGCCCAGCCUUGUGCUGCCCAAACCCAGAGAGUUCAGCCCUCCAUGCCUGGAGAGUGGAGAUACGACUGUGGAGAUUCUAAUGGGACGAUGGGCCAUGCUUUACUCAACCUGGAAGAAGGGUGGCAAAUGAAGGGCGAGGGCCCGGGUACCCUGGAAAUGACAGAUACCCCGAGAAGCCUGCCCCAACCUGGCCAGCCGCCAGUGACCCCUGCCUUUUCUUCUGAGAUCUGUGUGAUGAACGAGAAGUCAACCAGUGGGGGCUCGGGAACCCCCCUGGAGACCACUGCCCAGGAGCCUUCUGAGCUCUCCAACACCACGUACCUGGUUAUAUCGGACACGGGCAUGCAGAUGGAUGCCACUGCCAAUGAUGAGAGCCCACACUCCUCAGAGAAGCUCCUUGGAACUCUCACCAAUGGUUUCCAACAGGAAAUAACCAAAGCAGAGGAGGUCCAAGCCCCGGAGCCAGGUCUGGAAGGUCCUAGUGCUCCCUAUGCAUCUCUAACGGACCAGGAAUUUGGUUUAUAUAAAGACCAACCAAACGGUGAGCCUGCUUUGCAGACUUUGUGUACCCCGUCAGAGGCUGAAUGUCCUGUGGACAGACCACCCUUCAGUGACCCCGAAGAACAGGGACACCAGCUAGGAGACCCGCUGAAUGAGUUGGCUUCUCCCGGCAGCAGUCUAGGAAUCAUAAGUCACCCUGUGGGAGCCCCAGGAGCAGGAGGUCCUUCUCCGGGCUGGGAAGCGGCUCCAUCGCUUGGGUCGGGGUGGGAGAUGGCAGAUAGCGCUUCCAGCCCCAAGGAUGUUAGUUGUCCCCCGUCAGCUAUCCUGGGGUGCCCCAACGAGACCUUUCCCAUCUUGCUUCCUGAUAAAGCAAAGGAGAAACCUUCUGAAAUAGAAAAAAACACCCUAGAGCUGGUCAAGCUCCCCAACAGGAAACUGGCCCCCAUAAAGGCACUAAAGCCCACUCUCAGCAAAGUCCUGGGAAAACCAGCCCCCAAGUCGGGGACAGCAGCAGGAAACGGCCUCCACAAAAUGGAGAAAAUCAGCUUUCCCAGGCCGAACUUCAAGAAUGUCAAAGCCAAAGUUAUCUCUCGUGCCGUGCUACAGCCCCGAGAGCCACCAGUGGUGGCAGUGGCGGCCACGGAUCCCAGGCUGACUCCUGGGCCCCCCGUGGCCGAGUCUCCCUUGAAAAGCGCGCCAAGGAGAGCUGAGGGCAAGGCCACUGCCAAGGCAGAAGUCCUCCCGGGGAAGAGCCACAGGCAACACCUCCUUAAGCUCAUUAGCAGCCAGGUCAUACAUGUCACAACUCAUUCCAGAAAUGCUUCCCACGAGACUCCGAGAGCAGCUCAGAAACUGAGAGCACACCACGGAGGAGGCGUCCCCCGAGCCAAUCCGUCCAAGGCAGGGCGCCUACCUGGGUCUGGGGCUGGAGCCAUGGGGCCCCACAAGGGCGCAGACGCCCCCAAUACCCCCGUGAAAACGGCAGAAUCCACUCAGCAAGAGCCUCGAGCUCCUGCCUCUGAUGGAGCUCCCACCGAGAGGCAGAAGAGUAAGGACAGAGAUGUGGGAGUGCCCCUGGUCACCCAGGAAGGGCAGGGAGAGCUGGGAAUGGCUCCGCCGGCCUGCAAUCCUGCCCUGGCUUCCACACGGAAAUUGCCACCCGUCAUAGACAGGAAUGGGUCUAAGCAUGAUCCCUUGGGACUGAGUAAAAUACCUGUUCCCAAAAUGAAAGUGUGGCCUUCAGUUUCCUGUAGGAGGCGAGGCACCGAGCCCAGGAAUUUCUACCCUGAGCAAGCUUUAUCCUCCCAGAGAGCCAAGCGUGGGUCCACUUCUGGUGCAUCGAGGAAAAGUGUAUCCCCCAGUCUGGUUGCGGUGCUUAGCACAGUUGAAAAGAGCAAACAGAGGCACCCUCGGACAUCCUGCAGCCAGUCCCAGUCUUCUCCAGAUCCUCUCUCUACUGAAAAAGCCCUGGGAUUGGCCUCCUAUAGAGCAAAAUGUGAGCACCAAGGCAAAGUCAUCCUGCAUCUCAAGCAGCUUCUCGUGGGAGGGAACCACAAGUUGGAAGCAUUGGCUGUGGUCAUCCAGCACCUGCUGUCGGAGAGGGAGGAAGCUCUGAAACACCACGAGGCACUAUCGCAGGAGCUGGUCAGCCUCCGGGGAGAGCUGGUCACUGCUUCUGCCGCUUGUGAGAAAUUGGAAAAGGCCCGGAAUGAGCUGCAGACUGCGUGCCAGGCCUUCGUGGACAAGCUCAACCAGCAGCACCAAGCGGAUCUGGUGGAGCUGGAGAGCCAGCUGAAGGAGCACUACACGGGCGAGUGCGAGAGGCUGCAGAGCGUGUGUAUGCAGGAGGUGCAGAAGUACCAAGCCCAGCUGCAGAGUCAGGUUGAUGACCUAAAUGCUGCCCAUGAAGCUUUCAAGUUAGAAAUCGAGUCCAGCCAUUCGGAGCAAGUCGAUUUGCUGAAGAAAGCAUAUGAAGCCUCCCUCACAGAAAUCAAGGAGUGUCAUGACCUAGAGAAGAAGUCCCUGGAGGAGUUAUUGUCAGAGAAACACGAGUCACUAGAGAAAGAAAUCCAUGAUCUAAAGAGUAAAAAUGAUGCUCUGAAUGAGAAACUCAAACUGGAGGAGCAGAAAGCAGCUUCCAGGGAGAAGGCCAACCUGAAGAACCCCCAGAUCAUGUAUCUGGAGCGAGAGCUGGAGAGCCUCAAGGCUGUGCUGGAGAUCAAGAACGAGAAGCUGCACCAGCAAGAUGUCAAACUGCUCAAGAUGGAGAAGCUGGUGGACAACAACACAACCCUGGUGGACAAGCUCAAGAGAGUUCAGCAGGAGAACGAGGAGUUGAAGGCGCGGAUGGACAAGCAUAUGGCCAUCUCCAGGCAACUGUCUACAGAGCAAGCCGUCCUCCAAGAGUCCCUGGAGAAGGAGUCAAAGGUCAACAAGAGGCUGUCCAUGGAGAACGAGGAACUGCUAUGGAAGCUGCACAACGGGGACCUGUGCAGCCCCAAGAAAUCCCCCCCAUCUGCGGUGCUGCCUUUCUCUUCCCCAAGGAAUUCUGCCUCCUUCCCCAGCCCCACAGGCUCACCUAGAUGACCCUUCUGGAACCCAGGCUGACGGCUGCCCGAGAGUGCUUCCUGGCGGCCAGGGGACUGACCCUUCCACCACUCAUGGGAGCAGGACUCGGGCUGGCGACGGCCUUGUGAGGGGCUCGGGUGGCGGCUGACCCGGCUCACUGGAGUCCGCAAGCCACCGGCAUGGCUCCUCUGGCCCGCCCUGGCUGCCGCCAGCCCCCAAGGUUUCAGGAAUGCCGCCUGCGCAGGCACGCAGGGAGAGACAUUGAUGCACAGAGCACUUGGCGAGCCAGACGAGUCUCGUUCGCUGCCUUUCUCACCCUGCCUGGGGGAGAACCAGCUCAGGGGCCUCUUCACAUAGAGUAUAACCUUUCUCAUGUUCCUUGUCAUAGACGCUUUUACUUUGGGCCUCCUGUGGGCUUGGGGGAGUGGGGUUAACGCUGGGCUUGCCGGUGCCAUCACCUUUGGCUCUGGAGGGGACAUGGAGAGCUGCAGAACUGGUGUGGAUGGUUUAGCCAUGGCCACUCUGGUUAGAACUGACAUGAGGAGAAGGAGAAGAAUGGGCUGUUUGGGAGCAUGGGGACCCUGACUCGGUAGCCUUUGAGUCUGCAUUCUGGGGAGAUUGGGGCCCUUCAAAUCGAAAGCCCAGCGGUGAGAACUGAAACUAGUGUGAUUUCUGUACUUUUCAAUGACCCCCCUGUACUCUGAGAGAACACACAUCACUGGCUUCUGGUUUGUUUUUCUAGCUGUGGACAGAGGUGGAACACUAAUGUGUCUCCCUGGGUCCCCAGGAGCAAGGUCUACUUCUUGUACUUCGGUCCUGGAGCAAUUCUUCCAAGGAAGGAAGAAGGGGCAGGGAUUCCCCUGGAGCCCCAACCUCCUCAUUUUAACUUGCUCUGAAGUCACCCACAGACGGGAGCUACCUCUCCUCCUCCUCUUUCCUCCCUUCUGCUUUCAUUCUCUUCUCCCCUCUCUUCUCUCUACUCCCCUUUCCUUUACAAAGCCAUGACAUAAGCCUUCUACCUCCUUUUCUCUGGGACAAGAGUAAUUAAUAUGCUCGCCCGGAACCAGCUUAUUUUCCAGGAAUGAAAAUCAUUUCCCCAAAAAACUUAAGGCCAGACUCUAACAUUAUAAACUACCAAAGUCCAGAACUAGCUGAUUUGGAGAAGCAGCGUGGAAAAAUUGUUGAAUAGUAAAAUUUGGGAAGAGGCAAACCAUAAGCCUGUAUUUAAGGGCAGACACUGAUAUACUAGGAGAGAGGUAUUGGCUAGGAUGAGCCAGAUGGGAGCCCCAAAUAGCAGCUUUGGGUCCGUCUUAGCGAAAUUCUGGAGAGAGGGCAGAGGGGCCCUUGGCUUGUUCAGUUGUUCCUUUCUAACUUCUAUGAGAGACCUUCCCGGCUCCCCCAGCUUUCUUCUCCACCCCAGGCAAGCUUGGGGACCGGAAGAGCCAGACUGUGGCUUUUCCUUGUCUUUGAAUCUGUGUCUGUGUUGCCAAUGAGCCGUGAAUCUGGGAACCCUCCAGGCAGCCAUCACGAACUUUGGACACCAGGGGGCGAGUCGAAAUUCAGGAGGCAUGUUGAUUUGUAAUAAUUCCUUCUUUUGUCUCAUGUUUAAACUCCAACGUUCUGUUGUAUGUGUAAUCUUUCCAUUUGUAGGGAUGGUUGGAAAGCCAGAUUUCUUCAGGCUCCAAGUGGGGGUGGAAUUCUGCCGGAAUUCUCUCCAUCUCCUUGGAGCUGUCCUGCUCUGGCCCCCAUGGUCAGGCACCUGCUGCAGGGUUUAGGGCUGGGGACAUGUGCUGCUCCAGUCUUGAGCCAGGUGGAAGAUAGAGAAGCAGAGGAGGAGAACGGCUUUUUGAAGAUGCUUUUCCAGGUCUACAUUGUAGGAGGUGCAGGGGGACUAGCUGGGCAGAGUCGGGCUGAGACUCGGCCAGUGCUGAGCACCCCUGACUGUGCCCAGUUUUAAUGCCCUCCCACAUUCAUGUCUUCCAACCCUGUUGUGCCCUAUUACCUAGGAGUUCAAGGCUUAGGAACCUAGCCCACCCCUCCCCCGAGAUGUUCUGAAUGCAACCUAGAAAGAUGGGGCCUAGGGGCUAGAAUUGGACCCUUAGAACUUCCAAUUGUGCUAAAUUUAGGGGGCUAGGGCUUGGGAAAGAGCUGAUGUAUUUUGAAUUGUUUGUGUGUAUUAAAAUAAAUAAAACAUGACUUAGCUUU